GAUAAUUAUUGCUCAUGACCUUCCACUAUAAUACCCUUGCCAUAGCACAGAAACUUGGUAUUGUGAGUCUUUGAGUUGCUACUUCGUAAACAAACCCCCCUUCACUGAAAACAGCUGAGGCAAAAGAAAGAAAGAAAGAUUUGGAGUGAAGGUAGCAGGUACUGUUUUGCCAAAAUGAUUGCCGGUGGUGGCUAUUUUGAAAGUUCCCAUGAUCAGUGCCUCAUGGCAGGAUCUCUGAUCCAUGACUCUUCUCAAAUUCCUAAAGGCAACGACGACACAAGCAUUGAGCUACAGAAGUUCAAAGUUCCCUCCUUUUCCACAGAAGCACUCUCAAGGCCAACCAAUUUUUCCUCUGAAGAUGUAGGAGGAACCAAUCUCCUUCAGCACCAGCUGGGAAUUGACUUGGAACAAGAGGCUCCCCCAGGAGAAACUACAAGCUGGGAUCCUUCUGUCUGCACUAUCCAAGAUCAAAUCAUCAAACAUCAGUUUGGAGAAUAUUCAGAAAACAUGUUGGUUGAACCAGAGAUCCAACAGUAUGAUGCUGCACUUUAUCCUAAUGGUGCUUACACACCUGCACCUGAUCUCCUAAAUCUUCUUCGGAUCAAUGUUGCUUCAGCAUUUCCUGCAGCAACAUCUGUCUUCGGUGAUGCCAUGCUGAAUGGUAGUAACUAUUUGGAUCUCAAUGGUGAGCUUACAGGAGUAGCAGCAAUUCCAGAUAAUGGGUUGAUGUUCACUGGUGAUUCAUCCGUGCACUUGGGCUAUCAUGCUACUCAACCUCAUCUGGCAAAUGAUAUAUGCCAUUCACUGCCACAGAAUUAUGGACUGUUUCCCAGUGAGGAUGAAAGAGAAGUCAUGAUUGGAGCUGGAAGCGUAGGAGAUUUGUUUCAGGAGAUAGAUGACAGACAAUUUGAUAGCGUACUGGAAUGCAGAAGAGGGAAGGGUGAGUUUGGGAAGGGCAAGGUAAAAGCUAAUUUUGCAACUGAGAGAGAGAGGCGGGAGCAGCUAAAUGUGAAGUACAGGACUUUGAGAAUGCUCUUCCCAAAUCCUACCAAGAAUGACAGGGCUUCUAUAGUAGGCGAUGCAAUUGAGUACAUAGAUGAGCUUAAUCGAACAGUGAAGGAACUAAAGAUCCUUGUGGAGCAGAAGAAGCAUGGCAAUAAUAGGGAGAAGAGGAUAAAGUUGGAUCACCAGGCAGCUGCUGAUGGUGAGAGCUCAUCAAUGAAGCCAAUCAGGGAUGAUCAGGACAAUCAGCUCAAUGGAUCCAUAAGGAGCUCAUGGGUUCAGAGGAGGUCAAAGGAGUGCCAUGUUGAUGUCCGCAUAGUGGAUGAUGAAGUAAACAUCAAGCUCACUGAAAAGAAGAAGGACAACUCUUUGUUUCAUGCUGCAAAGGUUCUAGAUGAGUUCCAACUGGAUCUAAUCCACGCAGUUGGCGGGAUAAUAGGCGAUCACCAUAUAUUUAUGUUUAACACCAAGGUACCUGAAGGCUCCUCAGUUUAUGCGUGUCCAGUGGCUAAGAGGCUUCUUGAAGCAGUGGAUGCACAGCAUCAAACUUAUAACAUUUUCAAUUAA